CUCGCUCUCCAUGGCGUGCGAGAAGCGAUAUAAAAUUCAGCAAUGUUAGGGCGAGAUGUGUAUAGAAAUGUAAGCAACAAUGCCAGCUGGGUGCUGCUGCCCCUCUACCUCAGUUGGACAGCUGUCUACUGACAGUAGAGUCUUAUAUUCAGCGUUCAUUCAGCGUUGUCUUUGUUUACAUCCAAAGCCGGUAAAACAAUUCUUUAGAACAUAUUCACAGUGAAUCGAAGAGAAAAGUGCGCGUGCUAAAAUUAUGUCUACGUUAAAAGAUCCAGCCGAACACCACAUCCAAGCACAAAACAUCAUCGUGAUCCAUCCCGGUUCGCAUUACCUGCGCAUUGGUCGUGCAUCGGAUGUGAAUCCGGUACGAAUUUUGCACGCUAUCGCCCGCCGUCGUAAACCGGGUGGCGCAGCCCAUCGAGACUCUGUGUUGCCACCGGUGGUUGAGAAAAGCAAAGAAUUGCUACAAGAGCUAGAAGACUGCCGGUUGCAGAUAACUCACACCCUACAAUCCUGCGUACAAUCGAAUGGACAGCGACGGUACGCUACUCCACCGCAACAGAUAGCCGCGUUCAAUAGACGUUCGCAGCCGGAAGUUGUACCGGACAGUGAAACCGAGUGGCACGACAACGAUGGAAGCGACGUUGUGAUAGGAGAGGAUGUAUUGGCGCUAAACCCGGACGGAGAUUAUAACGUACAUUUUCCCAUCCGACGGGGUGAGCUAAAUCUGCACACCGGUGUCGGUGGCUCAUUGUUUGCGAUCAUGUCCGAUCUACAGACGAUAUGGGAACAUGUACUUCAAACACGGCUUCAUAUCAAACCCAGUGAGAUGCGACAGUACAGGGCCGUGCUGGUAAUACCGGACAUUUACAAUCGUGCCCACUUGCGGGAGUUUGUGACCCUCCUAUUGCAUCAAAUCGGGUUCGGAUGUUGUUUUCUGGUGCAAGAUCACGUAGCGGCCACGUUCGGUGCCGGUCUUGGGUAUGCGUGUGUUGUCGACGUUGGUGAUGAAAAAACAUCCGUCUCGUGCGUUGAGGAUGGAAUUUCUCAUCCAAACACACGCGUACGGUUCGAUUAUGGUGGAGCGGACGUUACACAGGUAUUUUACUGGUUGCUACAAAAGUGUGCAUUUCCCUACAGGGAAUGCAACGAACUAACACCCCUAGAUGGUGUGUUGUUGCGACGCCUAAAGGAAGACUUUGGACAUGUAAACUUGGACGUUUGUGGUUCGGUUGAAAAAUCAUUCACCGUUCAGCAUCCGGGAAUGUCGAAGCGAAACUAUACCCUGCAAGUCGGCGACGAAGCAAUGGUUGCUCCGUUAAGUAUAUUUUUUACCGAGCUGCUCGCUAUCACGGGUGCAAACCGUACUGCGCCAAAGACACAAAAAUGGUGCUCUUCGCAACCACAUCCGGAGGACUGCUUCGAUGCAGAAUAUCUAAGAGAAACUGGGCGGCGCAAUAAGGAAAACUUAGAACAAUCGGUCAUUGACAGUGGUGCACUGCCGAACACGGAAGCACCGGAUGAAGAUCUGGUGGUAGACGGGUUGGAGCAGGAGCGUGAAACAAAAGCGAACGAUCGUGACUAUCUCCUGCCCGGUGGACAGUUGGUAGGAUUGGAUCAGGCGGUUAUUCAAAGUAUCGAGCGUUGUUCAAGCGAUGAAUUGAAGCGCAAGAUGUACGGGUGCAUUUUAAUCGUUGGCGGUGGAAUCAAAUUUCCAGGCAUUGGCAGUUGGCUGCAAAGCCAGCUGGCACGCAAAAUACCCGCUGGCUAUCGUUCGGAGCAGAACAUCGUAUCGAGCCCAAAAGAUAUGGAUCCGGAGAUUACCAGCUGGAAGGGUGCCGCCGUCAUGUCUUGUCUGGAAAGUGUGGUUGAGCUGUGGCUUACCGAACCCGAAUGGACAAGAUAUGGGUUGCGCAUUUUGCGCGAAAAAGCCGUUUUUAUGUGGUAGUAAGUUGAAUGUCGUUUUUUUAAUAACAUCUGGAAAUUAAAAAGGAAUCAUUCUAAUUUCUAAAAAGGAAAAACAAAACAAUUCCCCAAACUAUAGCAAUUUUUGAAUGGAUUAUUCUCUGAAACCCACCCCCAAUAUGUACGUUUCAUAUCAUAUUUUCACUGGGAAGAAAUAUUUCAAUUCAAGCUAAAUUAAUGAAUUAUUGAAUCGUUAAAUGCUUUCAUUUAAAUAAGAUAUCAACUCCUUCUCCUUCCUAAUUCGUUAUUAACACUUUACUCAA